AUGUCUGGCGAAAACAAAACACUGCCUUCCACAUAUGGGCAGGUUUCCUGGACACAGAUUAAUCAUAGUCCUAUAGUUCAGGUUAAUCAUAUUCCUAUAGUUCAGGUUAAUCUGUGUCCUAUAGUUCAGAUUCAUCAUAGUCCUAUAGUUCAGAUUAAUCAUAGUCCUAUAGUUCAGAUUAAUCAUAGUCCUAUAGUUCAGAUUAAUCAUAGUCCUAUAGUUCAGAUUAAUCAUAGUCCUAUAGUUCAGGUUAAUCUUAGUCCUAUAGUUCAGGUUAAUCAUAGUCCUAUAGUUCAGGUUAAUCAUAUUCAUAUAGUUCAGGUUAAUCAUAGUCCUAUAGUUCAGGUUAAUCAUAGUCCUAUAGUUCAGGUUAAUCAUAGUCCUAUAGUUCAGGUUAAUCAUAGUCCUAUAGUUCAGGUUAAUCAUAGUCCUAUAGUUCAGGUUAAUCAUAGUCCUAUAGUUCAGGUUAAUCAUAGUCCUAUAGUUCAGGUUAAUCAUAUUCCUAUAGUUCAGGUUAAUCAUAGUCCUAUAGUUCAGAUUAAUCAUAGUCCUAUAGUUCAGGUUAAUCAUAGUCCUAUAGUUCAGAUUAAUCAUAGUCCUAUAGUUCAGGUUAAUCUUAGUCCUAUAGUUCAGGUUAAUCAUAGUCCUAUAGUUCAGGUUAAUCAUAUUCCUAUAGUUCAGGUUAAUCAUAGUCCUAUAGUUCAGGUUAAUCAUAGUCCUAUAGUUCAGGUUAAUCAUAGUCCUAUAGUUCAGGUUAAUCAUAGUCCUAUAGUUCAGGUUAAUCAUAGUCCUAUAGUUCAGGUUAAUCAUAGUCCUAUAGUUCAGGUUAAUCAUAGUCCUAUAGUUCAGAUUAAUCAUAGUCCUAUAGUUCAGGUUAAUCAUAGUCCUAUAGUUCAGGUUAAUCAUAGUCCUAUAGUUCAGGUUAAUCAUAUUCAUAUAGUUCAGGUUAAUCAUAGUCCUAUAGUUCAGGUUAAUCAUAGUCCUAUAGUUCAGGUUAAUCAUAGUCCUAUAGUUCAGGUUAAUCAUAGUCCUAUAGUUCAGGUUAAUCAUAGUCCUAUAGUUCAGGUUAAUCAUAGUCCUAUAGUUCAGGUUAAUCAUAGUCCUAUAGUUCAGGUUAAUCAUAGUCCUAUAGUUCAGAUUAAUCAUAGUCCUAUAGUUCAGGUUAAUCAUAGUCCUAUAGUUCAGAUUAAUCAUAGUCCUAUAGUUCAGGUUAAUCUUAGUCCUAUAGUUCAGGUUAAUCAUAGUCCUAUAGUUCAGGUUAAUCAUAUUCCUAUAGUUCAGGUUAAUCAUAGUCCUAUAGUUCAGGUUAAUCAUAGUCCUAUAGUUCAGAUUAAUCAUAGUCCUAUAGUUCAGGUUAAUCAUAGUCCUAUAGUUCAGAUUAAUCAUAGUCCUAUAGUUCAGGUUAAUCAUAGUCCUAUAGUUCAGGUUAAUCAUAGUCCUAUAGUUCAGAUUAAUCAUAGUCCUAUAGUUCAGGUUAAUCAUAGUCCUAUAGUUCAGGUUAAUCAUAGUCCUAUAGUUCAGGUUAAUCAUAUUCAUAUAGUUCAGGUUAAUCAUAGUCCUAUAGUUCAGGUUAAUCAUAGUCCUAUAGUUCAGGUUAAUCAUAGUCCUAUAGUUCAGGUUAAUCAUAGUCCUAUAGUUCAGGUUAAUCAUAGUCCUAUAGUUCAGGUUAAUCAUAGUCCUAUAGUUCAGGUUAAUCAUAGUCCUAUAGUUCAGGUUAAUCAUAGUCCUAUAGUUCAGAUUAAUCAUAGUCCUAUAGUUCAGGUUAAUCAUAGUCCUAUAGUUCAGAUUAAUCAUAGUCCUAUAGUUCAGGUUAAUCUUAGUCCUAUAGUUCAGGUUAAUCAUAGUCCUAUAGUUCAGGUUAAUCAUAUUCCUAUAGUUCAGGUUAAUCAUAGUCCUAUAGUUCAGGUUAAUCAUAGUCCUAUAGUUCAGAUUAAUCAUAGUCCUAUAGUUCAGGUUAAUCAUAGUCCUAUAGUUCAGAUUAAUCAUAGUCCUAUAGUUCAGAUUAAUCAUAGUCCUAUAGUUCAGAUUAAUCAUAGUCCUAUAGUUCAGGUUAAUCUGUGUCCGGGAAAACGGACCUGUAAGUAUAUGGUCUACUAAUAACAAUCUGUGUUGCUGUAAGUCAUCAUGACAGGGAAAGGUACCUCAACUUGGAUAGAGACAUACUAUAUCAUGCUACUAAUGACUCAUUGAUUUAGACCAGGGGGUAGGAGACCCUAUUCCUGCAGGAUAUUGUUCCAACUAGGCACCACACCUGACCAACUGAGCUAAUGGAUCAGGUUCAGCCUAAAUUCAACACACCUGGUCUUCAUGCUGCACUCCAUGACCAGGUUUGCCAGCCCCUGAUUUAGACUGUCGAUCAAAGUCCUGGAUAAGCGCUGCUAUUGGUCACCUAUAAAUAAUUCAUUUCGGCACCUUCACUACUAUCAACACAAUAAAUAAAGCAUAAUAAUAUCUUAAAAUCUUGAACCACAAUCUUCCCUUCUUUUCACAGCAAUUCAGCUCUUUCGCAAUUCAUCUUUCUUUGACAUCCUCUCUUCUCACCUCCUUCUCAAAUCUCACAAGAAAAUCAGAGGAGAGCGACUCUUCCAAUAAGGAGGCAAGGAGAAGGAACGCAAGGAAUCACGGAAAUACAAAUUGAGAGACAA